AUGGUGCUGAUGUGGAAACGGAAGGCCUGUGUGGUCAAACCACACUAUCUAGCUGCUUCGCGAAAAAAAUCCAAACCAGCGAAAUCCAUUGAAGGAGGUACAGAUGACUUUGGGGUCAAACGAUAUUUUCUAGCUGCCCCACGAGGUAUUUGUAAAUCGGUUAAAUCUAUUGAAAAUCUUAGAGUGAGUAUGACUAAAAAAGAUGUAGAUGUCUUUGAGGUCAACCCAUAUUCUCUGGCUGUUACACGAGGAAUUUCUCAAUCAGCCAAAUAUAUCAAUAAUCUUAGAUUGACUUUGGUUAAAGAAGAUACGGAGGACUACUCUCCAUUAUUAACGGCAGUAAGAAAUGGUCAAAUUGAAGAAGUACAAAGAUUAGUCAAUCAAGGGGCCAAUGUGAAUCAGGGUAAUGCUGAAGGCAAAACGCCGUUGAUGAUUGCAGCAAUGAGCGGCAGAGUUGAGAUGUUGGUAUAUCUAAUCGGUCUAGGGGCUGAGGUGAAGAAAGGAGAUAACGAUGAUGUGACUGCAUUACACUUUGCUGCUCAGAAUGAUCAUCUUGAUGUCGUCAAAUAUCUGAUUAGUCAAGGAGCUGAGGUGAAUAAAGGAGACAGCGACGGUUGGACUGCAGUACACAUUGCUUCUCAGAAGGGACAUCUCGAUGUCGUCAAACAUAUGAUUGGUCAAGGAGCUGCGGUGGAUACAGGAGAUAACGAUGGUCGGACUGCAUUACACAUUGCUACUCAGGAUGGUCACCUUGAUGUCGUCAAAUAUCUAAUUAGUCAAGAAGGUGAGGUGAAUAAAGAGAAUAACAUUGGCGCGACUGCGUUGCACUUUGCUGCUCAUAAUGGUCAUCUUGAUAUCACAAAAUAUCUAAUCAGUGAAGGGGCUGAGGUGAACGAGGAAGAUGACAUUGGUUGGACUGCACUAUACAUUGCUGCUCAGAAUGAUCAUCUUGAUGUCGUCAAAUAUCUGAUUAGUCAAGGAGCUGAGGUGAAUAAAGGAGACAGCGACGGUUGGACGGCAUUACACAUUGCUUCUCAGAAGGGACAUCUCGAUGUCGUCAAACAUAUGAUUAGUCAAGGAGCUGCGGUGGAUACAGGAGAUAACGAUGGUCGGACUGCAUUACACAUUGCUACUCAGGAUGGUCACCUUGAUGUCGUCAAAUAUCUAAUUAGUCAAGAAGGUGAGGUGAAUAAAGAGAAUAACAUUGGCGCGACUGCGUUGCACUUUGCUGCUCAUAAUGGUCAUCUUGAUAUCACAAAAUAUCUAAUCAGUGAAGGGGCUGAGGUGAACGAGGAAGAUGACAUUGGUUGGACUGCACUAUACAUUGCUGCUCAGAAUGAUCAUCUUGAUGUCGUCAAAUAUCUGAUUAGUCAAGGAGCUGAGGUGAAUAAAGGAGACAGCGACGGUUGGACGGCAUUACACAUUGCUUCUCAGAAGGGACAUCUCGAUGUCGUCAAACAUAUGAUUAGUCAAGGAGCUGCGGUGGAUACAGGAGAUAACGAUGGUCGGACUGCAUUACACAUUGCUACUCAGGAUGGUCACCUUGAUGUCGUCAAAUAUCUAAUUAGUCAAGAAGGUGAGGUGAAUAAAGAGAAUAACAUUGGCGCGACUGCGUUGCACUUUGCUGCUCAUAAUGGUCAUCUUGAUAUCACCAAAUAUCUAAUCAGUGAAGGGGCUGAGGUGAAUGAGGAAGAUGACAUUGGUUGGACUGCACUAUACAUUGCUGCUCAGAAUGAUCAUCUUGAUGUCGUCAAAUAUCUGAUUAGUCAAGGAGGUGAGGUUAUUAAAGGAGAUGACGAUGGUUGGACUGCAUUACACACUGCUGCUCAGAAUGAUCAUCUUGAUGUCACCAAACAUCUGAUCAGUCAAGGAGCUGAUGUGGAUAAACGAGUUACCGAUGGUUGGACUGCAUUACACAUUGUUGCUCAGAAUGGUCAUCUUGAUGUCGUCAAAUAUUUGAUCAAUCAAGGAGCUGCGGUGGAUACAGGAGAUAAUGACGGUUGGACUGCAUUGCACAUUGCUGCUCAGAAUGACCAUCUUGAUGUCAUCAAAUUUCUCAUUAGUCAAGGAGCUGCGGUGGAAACAGAAAAUAACGACGGUUGGAUUGCAUUACACAUUGCUGCUCAGAAUGAUAAUCUUGAUGUCGCCAAACAUCUUAUUAGUCAAGGAGCUGAUGUGGAUAAACGAGUUACCGAUGGUUGGACUGCAUUACACAUUGCUGCUCAGAAUGGUCAUCUUGAUGUCGUCAAAUAUUUGAUUAGUCAAGGAGGUGAGGUGAAUAAAGGAGAUAACGACGGUUUGACUGCAUUACACACUGCUGCUCAGGAUGAUCAUCUUGAUGUCGUCAAAUAUUUGAUUAGUCAAGGAGGUGAGGUGAAUAAAGGAGAUAACGACGGUUGGACUGCAUUACACACUGCUGCUCAGGAUGAUCAUCUUGAUGUCGUCAAAUAUCUAAUUAGUCAAGAAGGUGAGGUGAAUAAAGAGGAUAACGUUGGCGCGACUGCGUUGCACUUUGCUGCUCAGAAUGAUCAUCUUGAUGUCGUCAAAUAUCUGAUUAGUCAAGGAGCUGAGGUGAAUAAAGGAGACAGCGACGGUUGGACUGCAGUACACAUUGCUUCUCAGAAGGGACAUCUCGAUGUCGUCAAACAUAUGAUUAGUCAAGGAGCUGAUGUGGAUAAACGAGUUACCGAUGGUUGGACUGCAUUACACAUUGCUGCUCAGAAUGGUCAUCUUGAUGUCGUCAAAUAUUUGAUCACUCAAGGAGGUGAGGUGAAUAAAGGAGGUAACGAUGGUUGGACUGCAUUACACACUGCUGCUCAGGAUGAUCAUCUUGAUGUCGUCAAAUAUCUGAUUAGUCAUGGAGGUGAGGUUAAUAAAGGAGAUAACGACGGUUGGACUGCAUUACACAUUGCUGCUCAGAAUGAUCAUCUUGAUGUUGUCAAAUAUUUGAUCACUCAUGGAGGUGAGGUUAAUAAAGGAGAUAAUAACGGUUGGACUGCAUUAUACAUUGCUGCUCAGAAUGGUCAUCUUGAUGUCGUCAAAUAUCUGAUUAGUCAAGGAGCUGAGGUUUAUGAACAAAUGGAUAACGAUGGUCGGAGUGCAUUAUACAUUGCUGCUCAGAAGGGUCAUCUCGAUGUCGUCAAAUAUCUGAUUAGUCAAGGAGGUGAGGUGAAUAACAUUGGCGCGACUGCAUUGCACUUUGCUGCUCAUAGUGGUCAUCUUGAUGUCACCGAACAUCUGAUUAGUCAAGGAGGUGAGGUGAAUAAAGGAGAUAACGACGGUUGGACUGCAUUACACACUGCUGCUCAGAAUGAUCAUCUUGAUGUCACCAAAUAUCUGAUUAGUCAAGGAGCUGAGGUGAAUAAAGGAAAUACCGAUGGUUGGACUGCAUUACACAUUGCUGUUCACAAUGGUCAUCUUGAUGUCGUCAAAUAUCUGAUCAGUCAAUGGGCUGAGGUGAAUAAAGGAGAUAACGAUGGUUGGACUGCAUUACACAUUGCUGCUCAGAAUGAUCAUCUUGAUGUUGUCAAAUAUUUGAUCACUCAUGGAGGUGAGGUUAAUAAAGGAGAUAACGACGAUCGGACUGCAUUACACACUGCUGCUCAGAAUGAUCAUCUUGAUGUCACCAAAUAUCUGAUUAGUCAAGGAGCUGAGGUGAAUAAAGGAGAUACCGAUGGUUGGACUGCAUUACACAUUGCUGUUCAGAAUGGUCAUCUUGAUGUCGUCAAAUAUCUGAUCAGUCAAUGGGCUGAGGUGAAUAAAGGAGGUAACGAUGGUAGGACUGCAUUGCAAAACGCUUCUCAGAAGGGUCAUCUCGAUGUCGUCAAAUAUCUGAUUAGUCAAGGAGGUGAGGUGAAUAACAUUGGCGCGACUGCAUUGCACUUUGCUGCUCAUAGUGGUCAUCUUGAUGUCACCGAACAUCUGAUUAGUCAAGGAGGUGAGGUGAAUAAAGGAGAUAACGACGGUCGGACUGCAUUACACAUUGCUGCCCAGAAUGAUCAUCUUGAUGUCACCAAAUAUCUGAUUAGUCAAGGAGCUGAGGUGAAUAAAGGAAAUACCGAUGGUUGGACUGCAUUACACAUUGCUGUUCAGAAUGGUCAUCUUGAUAUCGUCAAAUAUCUGAUCAGUCAAUGGGCCGAGGUGAAUAAAGGAGAUAACGAUGGUAGGACUGCAUUGCAAAUCGCUUCUCAGAAGGGUCAUCUCGAUGUCGUCAAAUAUCUGAUUAGUCAAGGAGGUGAGGUGAAUAACAUUGGCGCGACUGCAUUGCACUUUGCUGCUCAUAAUGGUCAUCUUGAUGUCACCGAACAUCUGAUUAGUCAAGGAAGUGAGGUGAAUAAAGGGAAUAACAUUGGCGCGACUGCAUUGCACUUUGCUGCUCAUAAUGGUCAUCUUGAUGUCACCGAACAUCUGAUUAGUCAAGGAAGUGAGGUGAAUAAAGGGAAUAACAUUGGCGCGACUGCAUUGCACUUUGCUGCUCAUAAUGGUCAUCUUGAUAUUACCAAAUAUCUGAUCAGGGAAGGGGCUGAGGUGAAUGAGGAAGAUUACUUUGGGUGUACUGCAUUAUACAUUGCAGCUAAGAAUGGAAAUCUUGAUGUCGUCAAAUAUCUGAUCAGACAAGGAGCCGAGGUGAACGCGAAAAAUGAAAACGGUUGGACUUCUUUGGACGUAGCUCUUUCAACAAAUCAUCUUGAUGUCAUUCAAGUUCUAAAGGCUGAAGAUGCAAAACGUCUCAAUAUCGCUUCCAAUACCGAGGAUAUUUAUCUUGCUAUACAACAUGGUCAAACCACUGCCAUUGAGAGGUUAGUGUCUCAAGGAGCUGAUCUCAAUGUCCAGUCAGCUGACGGUCAGAUGUGUCUUCAUGAAGCCAUCAAACUCUGCUACAAUACUGAGAGAAAUGUAGACGAAAGUGAUUCUCUAAGAAAGAUUUCAGACGAGUUUUACAAUGGAAACUUAUCACCCGAGAAGGCUUUGGUGUGCUAUCUCCUUGACAAUGGAGCUAAGCCAAAUUUGGAAGAUAAGUCAGGAAAACUACCAAUCCUCUAUGCCAAGGAUGAAGUGGUUAAACAGAUAAUCUUAUCGAGAAUGGAUCCACCUGAAGUGGCCCGGUAUUAUCAAGAAAUCACGGAUACAGAACAUCCCAAGGAAUUUAAAGUCUCGGAUGAAGCAUGGAUCCCACUAGUUCCAGUAGGAUCUAUGGAUGAAGCAACUCCAGAGCAAUUCACUACGCCCCAGGAAGAUCCAAAACCUGAAAAGGAGCCGAGUGGACGGAAUGAAACUCAAACCCAAAAUGCAGAAAUCGAGGAGGAUCUUACUGAUGAAGAAUAUGACCUGAUUCAACUUGAAAAGCCUAGUGGUAUCACGGUCAGAAUUUCGAAACAUGAAAUUUACAGCGCAAAGGACAUCAGUGUGGAAGCAAUUAAAGACGUCCCACCUGAGUUUGAGCUGAAGGAGACGGAAGCCAUCAUUUCGGUUGGAUUGAAGAUGUCGCCUUCUGAUGCAUUCUUUGACAGUCCUGUGAGAGUAACGAUGCCCCAUUGUGGUGUAUUCACAAAACCAAGGGAUGCAGAAGUCUACAUCUAUUAUCGCAAGAACGAUUCUACAAAGUUUACAGCGACUCGUUCUACCAGCACGAGUAACCCAAGAUGUGUCGUGAGAGAUCACGAUCUAGAUAUCUACCUUAACCACUUCUCGGAAUUCUGGAUUCGCAUUUAUGAUAAAUUAAGAGGGGUAUUUAUUGGCAAACGUGUUGUCUUUACGCCAUGUGUUCCAGUGCCAGCACCGAGAAAUGAAGAGCACGUUUUGCUGGUCAACGUAAGAGAUCAUAACGUUACAGACUGGAAGGUCCCGGAUGGAUAUCAAGUUCCGAUACCAGGACAGCAAUUCUUAGUAAGAUGGCGUUCAGGAGAAUUAAAGAUAUCCUGUAAAGCAAACAACAUCAUAAACAAAUCUGAGACUAUCAAAGAAAGUGAUUUUCGCAACCUUACUGAGCACCAGAAAACGUUUGUGAUGGAUACAACAAAUGUCACCAAGAAUAAAAUCAUUCUAGAAUUCACCUUCCAACAGAGUACAACAACAAAAACACUUCACACUGGGAUGCGGUUAGGGGGCGGUGAAUUGAUGUUCGAACUAGGGGGCGCUAAAGUGAUGUACAAACUAGGGUUGUGCCGCAUUGAUGUUCGACCUAGGGGCGCAGAAUUGAUGUCCGACACAGGGGCGCAGAAUUGA